AUGUGUGAUAACGAAAGGAAACUUGAAAUCAUUGACCUUGACUGUGACGAUGAUGUUAUCAUUAUCGAUAAUGUGGUUAAAGUCGAACGACAGCGAGUUAAAAUCGAACAACAGCCGGUUAAAAUCGAACAACAGCCGCUUGAAAUAUCUAAUUUAUCAUCUGUUGUAGAGUCUUCUAUCUGGAUUAAAAACGAAGAUGAUGAAAAAAAACCUAAACCGUUUAUUCCGCUCGGUGGACAAAGGAAGAAGAUCAUGCAUUACUUACAUCAAUACAAAAAUACGGUGGUAAAUGGUCCAAAAUUAGUCGGGACAUCGGUACCGGAAGAAAACCGAUUCAAUGUAGUCGACGUUGGAAUGCAAUUGUUAGAUGUUCACUUAGACGCGUCGCCCUUAAUUGAUGAUCAUAAAAUCGGUGGUAACAUGAUUUUUUGA